AUGUCAAGUUACGGGGGUGUUAUCAUUUCCGAUCAAUGGCUUCAAAGCCAGUUCACGCAGGUUGAGCUACGCAGUCUGAUCUCCAAAUUUAAUUCAGUGAAGAAUCAGAAUGGUAAAGUUAUGGCUGGAGAUCUACCACCUUUAAUGGUGAAAUUAAAGGCUUUUAGAGAUAUGUAUUCCGAGGAGGACAUUAGGGGUACCUUAAGUGGGCUGGGUUCUAACUUCAGUGAUGAGAUUGAUUUUGAAUCCUUCCUUAAGGCAUACUUGAAUUUGCAAGGUCAAACUACAGCUAAAUUGGGUGGUUCAAAAAACUCUUCAUCGUUCCUGAAGGCCACCACAACCACCCUCCUUCACACAAUCAGUGAAUCAGAAAGAGCAUCUUAUGUGGCUCACAUAAACAGUUAUCUUGGGGAUGAUCCGUUCCUAAAGCAGUAUCUCCCAUUAGACCCAGCUACAAAUGAUCUAUUCAACCUUGCAAAAGAUGGAGUUCUCCUAUGUAAGCUUAUAAAUGUUGCUGUGCCUGGGACAAUAGAUGAACGAGCAAUUAACACCAAACGGGUCCUCAACCCAUGGGAGAGGAAUGAAAACCAUACUCUUUGCCUUAACUCUGCCAAGGCCAUUGGCUGCACAGUGGUUAACAUAGGCACACAGGACCUUAUUGAAGGAAGACCUCAUCUGGUAUUGGGGUUGAUUUCCCAAAUUAUAAAGAUCCAACUGUUGGCAGAUCUCAACCUUAAGAAGACGCCUCAACUUGUGGAAUUGGUGGAGGAUAGCAAUGAUGUUGAAGAGCUUUUGAGUUUACCCCCUGAGAAGGUCUUAUUGAAAUGGAUGAAUUUCCAUCUCCAGAAAGCAGGCUACAAGAAACCUGUUUCAAACUUUUCCUCUGAUGUGAAGGAUGGAGAAGCUUAUGCUUACCUACUUAAUGUUCUUGCUCCGGAACACUGCAAUCCUGCCACUUUGGAUGCCAAACCCAAUGAAAGGGCAAAAUUGGUUCUUGACCAUGCUGAGAGAAUGAACUGCAAAAGAUACUUAUCCCCAAAAGACAUUCUUGAGGGUUCUUCAAACUUAAAUCUGGCAUUUGUGGCACAAAUAUUCCAUGAAAGGAAUGGCCUCACUACAGAUAGCAAGAAGAUUUCUUUUGCCGAGAUGAUGACAGAUGAUGUGCAAACAUCAAGAGAAGAGAGAUGCUUCCGUCUGUGGAUCAACAGUCUAGGCAUUGCUACUUAUGUUAAUAAUGUAUUUGAGGAUGUGAGAAAUGGAUGGAUACUCUUAGAAGUGCUUGAUAAGGUUUCUCCAGGAUCGGUUAACUGGAAGCAAGCAUCAAAACCUCCAAUUAAGAUGCCGUUUAGAAAAGUAGAGAAUUGCAAUCAAGUUGUAAAGAUUGGGAAGCAAUUGAAAUUUUCGCUGGUGAAUGUAGCUGGAAAUGAUAUUGUGCAGGGAAAUAAGAAGCUUAUACUUGCUUUCCUAUGGCAGUUGAUGAGGUUUAAUAUUCUUCAACUUUUGAGGAAUCUAAGAUCUCACUCUCAAGGAAAGGAGAUGACAGAUGCUGAUAUUUUAAAUUGGGCUAACAACAAAGUCAAAAGCACUGGCAGGACUUCUCGAAUGGAGAGUUUUAAGGAUAAGAGCCUAUCAAAUGGGAUUUUCUUCCUUGAGCUUCUCAGUGCUGUAGAGCCUAGGGUUGUCAACUGGAACCUUGUUACUAAGGGUGAAAGUGCUGAAGAAAAGAAGUUGAAUGCUACUUACAUAGUCAGUGUUGCACGAAAGCUUGGUUGCUCCAUUUUCUUGUUGCCUGAGGACAUCAUGGAGGUGAACCAGAAGAUGCUUCUGACCCUAACAGCCAGCAUUAUGUUUUGGAGCCUGCAACAAGCAGUUGAUGACACAGAAAGAUCACUGUCCCCUGUUGAUGCGUCACCGGCAACAUCUAUCAAUGGAGAGGAUGAAAGCUCCUCUUCCCUUGGUGGUGAAAUUUCAAACUUAAGCAUUGAUGACACUGCAUCUGACACUACAGUCACUUCCCAGUUUGAGAAUGAGGGCAGCACUGCCAGCACUCUCAGUACUCCUUUGGGAGACAGGAUCAGGACGGAAGAGAAAGGGUGCAUAGCUGUUCAGUAG